AGGGGUGGCGGCGGGCGAUGGCGGCCAGCGGCCAGGCCGCCCGCUGAAGACGAAGGGGGACGAGUCAGCGGCGCAGAGCGGGGCAGAGCGGGAGGGAUGCGGGCGGAGGAGCCGCUGGCGCUGGCGGCCCCGCGGGCGGGCGGCGGCGAGGCGGAGGCGCCGGGCGAGGAGCGGAGCGGCGGGAGCUGCUGCAGCAGCGAGCGGCUGGUGAUCAAUAUCUCGGGGCUGCGCUUCGAGACGCAGCUGCGGACCCUCUCCAUCUUCCCCGACACGCUGCUGGGCGACCCCAGCCGCCGGGUGCGCUACUUCGACCCGCUCCGCAACGAGUACUUUUUCGACCGCAACCGGCCCAGCUUCGACGCCAUCCUCUACUACUACCAGUCCGGAGGGCGGCUCCGCCGGCCGGUCCAUGUGCCCCUCGACAUCUUCCUGGAGGAGAUCCGCUUCUACCAACUGGGCCAGGAGGCCAUCGAGACUUUCCGGGAGGACGAGGGCUUCAUUCAAGAGGAGGAGAAGCCCCUGCCAGAGCAUCACUUCCAGCGCCAGGUCUGGCUGCUCUUCGAGUACCCCGAGAGCUCAGGGCCAGCCCGGGCCAUCGCCAUUGUCUCUGUGCUGGUCAUCCUCAUCUCUAUCGUUAUCUUCUGCCUGGAGACCCUGCCUGAGUUUCGGCAGGAGCCCAAGGGCCCCCAGCCCGGCUUUGGGGAAGCGGCGCCGCCGGGCGACGAGGCGCUGCUGCUGCUGCCACCGCCGGCGGCGCCGAGCGGGACUCCGCCGCCCCUGCGCCCUGCCGCAGGUGCCGGGCCCUUCUUCACCGACCCCUUCUUCCUCAUCGAGACCCUGUGCAUCAUCUGGUUCUCCUUUGAGCUCCUCGUCCGCUUCUUCGCCUGCCCCAGCAAGCCCGAGUUCUCCCGCAAUAUCAUGAACAUCAUCGACAUCGUAGCCAUCAUCCCCUACUUCAUCACCCUGGGCACCGAGCUGGCCCAGCAGCAACAACAGAAGCAGCAGCCUGGGAGCAGCAGUAACAAUGGGGGACAGCAGCAAGCCAUGUCCCUGGCCAUCCUCAGAGUCAUCCGCUUGGUCAGAGUGUUUAGGAUCUUCAAGCUCUCCAGGCACUCCAAGGGGCUGCAGAUUUUGGGGAAGACCCUCCAGGCCAGCAUGAGGGAGCUGGGCCUCCUCAUAUUUUUCCUAUUCAUCGGGGUGAUCCUCUUCUCCAGUGCUGUCUACUUUGCAGAGACUGAUGACCCUGACUCCCUGUUCACCAGCAUCCCUGAUGCUUUUUGGUGGGCCGUGGUGUCCAUGACCACCGUGGGCUAUGGUGACAUGUAUCCCAUGACAAUUGGCGGCAAGAUUGUGGGCUCCCUGUGUGCCAUCGCAGGUGUGCUCACCAUUGCCCUCCCUGUCCCUGUCAUUGUGUCCAACUUCAACUACUUCUACCACCGAGAGACUGAUCAUGAAGAGCAGUGCCAGUACACCCAUGUCACCUGUGGCCAGCAGCAGUCACCCUUCUCUGAGCCCAAGAAGGGGGACAGUAAUCAAUCUCUCAGCAAAUCUGAAUUCCUGGAAGCAGAAGACCUGGAGUCCAUGAAAUAUUCCAACUUCAUUCCUCCCAACAACCAGGGUUAUAAAGAGAAGAAAAUGCUGACAGAGGUGUGAUCAGUUUUGUUAGCCUGAGUCCAGACAUGGAGCUGCAAGCUGCUGCACAGCCGUCUUCCUACUAGCAGCUGGAUCUAUUCAGCAUUUACAUGCCAGACUGUGAACUGUGAUACUGUAAACAGAAUGAUUGUGAUAAUGGGCUCUUCUGUCCUGAUUUGCUGUUUCUCAUUACCGUGCACAGCCAGAAAUGUUCUUGCUUUAUUCUGUGGAGUGCUGUCAUCCCUCACUCCCUUGUGAAUUUCUUUCUCUGUUUUUGAAGACUGCUUUAAUUCAACAUUUGCAGUGAAACUUUGCCUGUCUACUCCGCUAGCAGAGAAGCCCUUGACACUACUUCAGCUGAAGGAUUUAGAAGGGAGUAAACAGUUAAAGGGGCUACAAACGUCUGCCUCAAGCUGUGCCCAUGGUUCCUGUGCCAGUGCAGUGCCCUUGGCUGUGGGAUAAGUCACGCCUGCCAUGCCAUUGCCUUUGAAUAAUGGAAACACUGUAGCCAGCAUCACAGUGAGUUCUGCAGCUGUAAGAGAAAGUCAGCAAGUAGAUGCCUGCCUUGUUUGCAACACUUGGCAUGCUGAAGAUCCUCUUGGUUUGUGUUUCAUAAAAGAUGCAUAGAACUAAAAGCUCUUUGCUACUUGUGACCAUGUACGAUUUAUCAAAAACAGGCUUAUAGCAAUCAACAGGCUUGGUGAAGAUUCUCUGUGUUUUUCAGCUUAUUUCAGCCUUAUUUUUCCCAGUGCCCUGAUGUUAAUUGGCUUUUAUUGUACCAACUUAAUCUUCAUAGUGGUAAGUGCCUUCUGAAGCAAGGCACAUUUGAGUAAGUUCAUUUGUUAUCUCCACACAAUAUUGUUUAAUGAAAUGUGCUUUGUGCUUCAGAUACUCAGUUCUGUAGUCAGGCAUGUGAGAGCAAUUGACUUCACUGUGUUUUUAUUGAAGCAUUUGUAUAGGUUAGGGAAGUUUGCCUGUUGGUAUUUUGUUGACAUGGCUAAAAGACCUGGACCACAGACAGCUGCACCUCUGCUGUCUGAAGCCUGCACUGAUUUAGAGGGUCACAAGCAUGAAAUGCCCCAGGGUAAAGUGUCUCAGCAUUUGAGACUGAAAUUGGCACAAACUUCCCUAAGCCAUCUGCACAAAACCAACAACAUACCCCAGACCUUUCAAAUGAGGGGAGAAACAGCUAGCCUUGGAGGUAUGCUUUUGAUGCAUUACUCAUCUAGCCAGUUCUUGGUAUUUCAUUGACAGAAGGCACAGGAAUGUCUUUUGCAUGAGCUAGGCUUUAUGAGAGCCAUCUAUGCUAGCAAUGCAAAAUGCAUAACUUGCCCUGCAGUGCUGGGUUUUCCAAGGGACCAAGGGGUUGCAUCUUACAGUGCACAUUUUGCUUCCCAGAGCAUUUUAGGUUUUUUUAAUCAGCUCUGCCUUACCCCAAACCUUAAAGUGUUUCAAAAGCUGCCAGUGGGUGAGAAGGAGAAAUGGAUGUUUUCAGGUUCUAUUGGCAAAUUUUCCUGCAAGGGAAAGUCUUUGUUUUAAAUCUAAGUGUAUAUUCUGCAUUCACAUGUGUGCAUGUGUAUGAAAGCAAAGGCAGCCAUUAAUGCCUUGCAUCAUACUGUGUGAUAUGCUUAUUAGAAUGUACUACAUAUUGCAUGUGACUCAUGUAAUACAUAAACCAGGCAUACUAUCAAGAUGCAAAAUAUAUAGAAUACACUUUGUGUAUAUAUUAUGCUUUUCAAUCAUAAGACUAAGAAUGCUAAAGGCAUAUACUGUAAUAUAGUCAGAAUAGGCUAUAGAACUGGUUGUAAGAUUCAGUCUGUUUUCAUCUUUGUUACCCUGCUUGGUUUUUGUUGUCUUGAGAUCUGGCUCCAUGCCUAGAGUGCUUUUAUUGUGGCUUCUCUUCAUCUGGGCCCUGAUCAUACAGUAGAAGUUGUUUGUGUAAAUCCUAACUGCUGUAUUUCUCCAGAGUCCUGUUGUCUUCUCAAAGGUUUUUAGUGUUCAGGGAUCUCCCCUGGGGUCAACGCACAACCUUUAUGUUAAAAUAUCUGUUCUCUCUCUCUGAAAUCAGUAGCAAAAUGUCACUUGUCUCAGUUACUGCAGGUCAGUCUGGGAGACAUAUGUGAUGUGAUGAGGGCUCUGUAGCUUGAGAGGAGUUUGCCUGAAUACGUAGGUGCCUAAUUCCUCUUUGUCUCCUUGGGACUGAGGCAAAUUCCUAAAGGUCUGGGCUUUGGGAGCCAUUCUGCACCCCUUGAAGCAUGUAACCAGCUGGUGGUUAAGUAAUCCUGGUGAGUAAGUGGGACCGAGGAAGGAUCAGCACAGUGGUAUGUCUAUUGAUUUUAUGUAAAAGUUGUCUUGGUCGCUGAGUUAAUUUAGUAAAAGGCUGUUGUUCUUAGCUGUAUUUCAGGAUCACUAUAAUGAAAUCUUUUCUGUGAGUGCAGGAGAAUGACUUCAUUUCGGGUUUUGUGUUGCUCAAGCAGAUGUUCUAGAAACUAGCAAAAUAACCUGCUAUUUAAGAGGGAUGUUUCAAGGCUCCUGCUGUCUCCUAGCAGAAUGCCCAUGUUUGGGGUUAUUUUAUUCCUGAGUGUAUCAGCUGAUAAAAGUUUCCCCAAAGUAAGAUAUAAAAAACUCAGGUUAAGCACAAGAUCAGGAGGAGCCUACGUCAGAAAAUUCCUGUGCUCAUUUCUUCCCUUGGGCCUGACCCUGUUGCCCCUGCCAGGCAGGAGCCCUCCCUGUUCAUAACAGGUUGUGCUUCCAGCCAGCAUGGCAGACAACUGGGCAGGGAGGCUCUGGCAAAAGAAAAGAUUAUAGAUGCAUUACUGGUAGCAUUAACCCAGCAUGUCUAAGAAAAAUGCUCUUGGAAAGAAAUUUCUUGCUCUCAGGUGAAAUUCAGCAGUGAGUUUGUAGCUGGACUGUUGUGGUUUCUGAAAAUCUCCAUACAAAUGCAUGCAUGCCUACAGAUGCACACCCAAAGCACCGGUCCAAAGGAAGUCUGUUGCAACCAGGCAGCUUUGUGUACUUUUUUGCCAUCCACAUUUUUCAGUUCUGAAAAGAAAGUGUAAAUGAAAAUGUGAAAACAGGAAUGGUGUUUGCUCCCUGGGUUUUCUGUGUUAGAGCCAAGAGAAAUACAAAAAGCCAACAGAAGCUUGGAAGUUAACCCUGAGACUUCCAUUUGGCCAUGCAAAUCCUUCUCUAAACACCUUCUGAAAAUCAAGGCAGUGAAAUCCCAGAGUCGUCAAUAACACUCUGUGCUAUAGAAGUUCUGGAAUUCAACAUUUUUUAUUAAGGAGCCUUUGGAUUUUGUUUUCAAGUGAUUGAUGGGACUUAGUGGCACCUCUGCCACUGGCUUCACAGAGGACUCAUGCCGUCAAAUCACAGUGUCGCUUUCAAAAAUCUUACCUCAAGUUUUCAGCCCUUAGCACUCAUUCCUGGAUGUCCAGAAUCCAAAUCUGUCUGUCUAGCUGUUUCCUUCUGAAGGCAGAGCACAUACUCAUGAAGCAAAGUAGGCACCUCCAGGGACUUGUUUCCAUAACAACCUCCCAGACUGUUUCUCUUUACCCUGUGACUGUGGCUACAAGCAAAAGCACUCAUUGCAUAUUUUCAGUUUUUAGAUACUAGCACCUUGUCUUUCCAGCUGUUUCUUUGCUUACUGAAAAUGAUCCCACCACCUUAUAUCAUGUACAACUGUCCUGUCCAACUUCAGACAGACAGUUUCCAGCAUGUGAAAGCAAAGAGUGCAAACCAGGAGAUGGGAGGGGAUUAUAUUUGUAUAUCCUUGCACACAGAGAGGUGGGGAGUGUGUGAAGGACAGUCUGAGCACUCGCAGUCAAGGAGCUGAGGGGCAACUGGCCUGUGAAUGUAGAGUCAACUGGGUGCCUGGUGGCAAGGAAUACAAGCUAAAGCAUCAGUUUAAAAACCCCAGAUACUUCCUUUUCAGCAAUCUCCUUCGGAAAUAGUUUUGCUGUGGAAGAGACUGUUGCUUGUUCCUGAACCCUAGGCUGUUCUGCAACAGUCAGUUCCCCUGAUGAUUUUCCUAUGGGGUGUUUUACACCAAAGCAAGAUGUGGCAGAAAGCAUCUCAUUGGAGGUGGGAAAGGAAGGAAAGGGAAGAAUUUUACUGAGAACACUGUUUUUUUUGUCUGUAACUCGUCGACCACAUCAAAGACAGUAAGUGUGAAAGGCAUGAAGAGCUGUUAUGUGAUAUUUCAAAGCCUGUAUUACUGGUGUAUUGCUGCACUUACCUCCAAGAUGAAAUUCCUAUUUUGCUCUUGCUUGGAAAAAGUCAUAGUUCAGGACUCCUGGUUUGGCCCUGUUCCUUCUGAUCCAGCUUUCAUGGGUAAAAAUUCACUGCUACAGCGGCUAUGGGAGUGAAGGUGAUCGGACUUGGUGUUCUGUCCUAGGCCCCUCGUUCGGUGUACAGAGGUCCUAUGGAGAUGAAGAAGAAUGAGUACAAAGGAAAUUCAGGGCAGCAAAAGACAGGGUAAGGACUGAAGUGUCUUCCAUAGUGUGAUGGAAAGAACAGCACCAAUCCUAAAAGCAAAGGAACAAACAGAUCCAGCAUCUGCUGCUUUAGCAGAAGUAAGUCCUGUCUAUAUCAGGGAAAGAUCUGCAGAUUACAGCAGGAGUUAACCACAGCUUUCCCAAAAGCUCUCCUGUGACUUGAGUCCAACUUGAUGGCAUCCAUUUUCAGAAAGCAGAUGCUGCCCUCUUUUACACUGGUGCAAUUCUGGAAUAACUGCACUGACGUCAGUGAAGUGACUCCAAAUUUAUCCCUGGUGAAAGCAGAAUUGGACCACAAUCUUCUUGUUUGCUUAUCCACACUGGUGUUUUCAGGAAGGUGCACCAUUACCGUACCGUAAGGGGAAGGCUGGAUUCUGGAUGCUGCAAGGCUGUCAGGAUGCUGCAAGAGACAUUGCUGCAUCUUCUUAAUGCAGAGUUGGAGAAGUUUCUCUGUGUGCAGGGGAUACAACAUUUAUGGACAGGAAAGUGGUUUCCUUGAUUUGCAGUUUUCUUGUUUCUGGUCUUUGUUAAAGGGGUUAACACUCUUAGUUCCGGGAAACUGAAACUAGAUGUGAAUAGGGAUGGAGGGAGGAGGCGGGGAGAAUCCCAUAUAAGAUUCAAAUUUGUCUGAUUUCUGGGAAAACUAAAUAAAGCUGGAUUCAAUUGCCAGUAGCUAAAUAACAGCAAUUUAUGAGCUGUUCAUCAAAAGCCCCAGUCAAGCACUGAGUACUGUGGGAAGCUGGAAAUUGACACUGGGCACCUCCAAAAGACUCCACUGUUGAAACUUUCUUCAAACGCUUUUUCAAGUGAAGCAUUUAGUCCUGGCAAAUGCAUAAGGUCAGCCCUUAUAAGAGCAAAUAGCUUUCUCUAGAGGAUCUAACAAGUGGCCAAAGUCUGCCCAUUUGUCUGCCUGUCUUUUGGCCUUGGAUUACUGUGCUAUUUAAAACUGUGUUUUCAUAACUCAAAUAAAUGGUAGAUGUUUCACAUAGCUCUACAAGUAGUAAUCAUCAUGUUCGUGCCUAAUAUCUGAUAUCUAAGGGAGGGGCCCAAACUAGAGGUAUUUCUCAUUUACCUAGGAAGUGUCUUGCUUUAGCGUAUGUACAGUCAGUUCUUGUGGUGAACAUGUGAGUCCAUUGCUCCUCCAAAGGAGGCAGUGAUUUAGUUUCAGUGGCUGUAGCGUUUCACUGAAGUAGCGCUGUUUGUAGUCUUUCAUGUGAUUUAGGAGGCACAAUAGCCAGACAGUUCUAAAAACGCAAUAUAAUUGUUUGCAGAUUUCUAAGAAAAUGCUCCGCAGUCUUCUCCUAUGGCACCAUUGUGACAAAGAACUGUUGCUUUUCAAGCUCCACAAGUCCAUGCUAUGUAGUGCUGAAACUGAUAGAAACCCAAUAAGAACCGAAAAGUGAAGGGCAGAGUGGGAUACUCUGGCCUGGAAUCCCCUCUUUGGCAGCAGGAAAGGUCAGUUAUGCAGCCAAAUGCCUAUAACCAAAGAUGGAUCCACCCUGUGUGUGUUGCCAGCUCUGCAUAGGAGAGUGGGAGGAUGGCUAGAAAGAAUGGAUUCUGGGAAGGGAGAGACUGAGAGGAAGUGUGGAGUAAAAGGUACCCUGAGCAUGACAACUGGGAUUUUCGGAAGGUACUCUGAGGAAUGCUCAACAUCCAACUUCCCUAGGACUCUCUAUUAAUACAUAAAAAUGACUUUUAGCAUGUUUGCCAGUCCUCACAGUCAGUGUGUGAGGGAGAAAGGAUGGAAGGCAGCUCGCUCUAAUUUGGCAGCUUUUGGCACCUGGAACGGUUUAGGCUGUAAUAUCUCCUUGUGGCUGCUAGCUGUGGGUCCGAUCCUCUGAGGAGCUGUGACUUCCUGACUACCAGUGACUCAAAACAGGCUUAAAGAAACCCUGAGGUGCCAGAUCCAAAGAUGCUUUUGGAGCAGGUCUGCUCAGUAGUCCUGAGUGUGGAUGUGAGCACACAGUUCUUUGGAGGCAACAUUCACUCCACAUUGAUACUGUUUGGGACUCUUCAGAGUUAACCUAAGUGUAGGGUGCAUUUAAUAAAGUGUGGAUAUACUGCAGAAGUCUGUGGAUACCCUUCAGAUACACGGCAAACAGGUCAGAGACUUUAGACCAUACUGUGUGCCAGCACAGUACGUUCAGCAGGGAUGUUAGUUACAGGAUAGCUUUGCUUUUGCUGUGAAACCUUGCUCCGAUGCAUUAUCUCAAAGAAGACAGUUGGGAUUUGCAGACCAGAUCAUGUGGUGAGAUAAAGAGUUGCAGAUCCAUUAUUGAAGCUAGUCUGAUUUAUACAGGUGUGGUCCAACAUUUCUGAGAAAUUGUGGAUGGUAGGGGGUUCUGUUUGUUUGUUGUACUGAAAACCUGAAGCCGUGCAAAUAAAGUAUGUGAGGUAAAAAGGUGGAGCAUGUGCUUUAGGCUGUUUGUUGGAUUCAGACUUUGAGAAAACAAGUUCUUCGUAGACAAUCCCACACACAGUAUUAGAAGAGGUUAUUGGGCUUGGAAGUUGACCAAGGAGACAGGACUCAACUGAGCUUUGAACAGCAAUCAUUUUCUGUAUUGGUGAUGACAUAAUAUGUGCUUGACUCAAACCCAAUGUUGCACAGUCCAGAACCUGAUGAAAACAUGUAACUAGAUAUUUGUGAUUGUUCCUACCGGUGUGAUCCACUGUUAAAUAGGCUAGAUAUAUGAAUAAAAUCAGUAUUUUUUAAA